UACUGAGGUAACACCAUCUUCACACCACGCCGGGAAGGAACUCAAGAUCCUACAAAAUUUGCAGUGUCUUCCCUAAAUACGAGAAGGAAAGAGUGUAAAAAUGGCUUCUAAGAUCGUGAGAAAAGUUAUUUCCACUUCCAAGGCACCUGCUGCUAUCGGUGCUUAUAGCCAAGCGGUACAAGGAGGGAACACUCUCUACAUCUCCGGGCAGCUCGGCCUCGACCCAAAGACGCUUAACUUGGUCAGCGAAGAUGUGGUCGAGCAGACGAAGACCGCUCUUACCAACAUGGGGUAUAUCCUGGAGGAAGCUGGAUGCACAUACAGAAACGUGGUAAAGACAACAGUGCUGUUAGCUGACAUCAAUGACUUUGCAAAAGUGAAUGAAGUAUAUGCAUCAUUCUUCUCGGAGGCAGUGCCAGCCCGGGCAGCUUACCAAGUUGCCAAUCUUCCAAAGGGAGGCAAAGUGGAGAUCGAAGCCAUUGCCCUUGUCGGAGAGUUGGACCAUCAGUGACUCCUCAAAAGCCAAAUUUAGUCCGAACUGUCAUCUCCUACUUGACUCUAUUUACAGUUAACCUUUUUUGCAUAUGUUUGGGACUAGAAGGCAUUUCUAAACCUUUAACCGAGUGGUUUGCAAUUUGUUAUCCUGCCUAUAAUUUGUCUAAAGAGAAUUUCUUUUUUAAGAUAGUAGAGUACUAUGUUGUUUUGGAUUUCAGAUGUAUAUACAGAUGUUUUAUUUACACAGAAUGAAAUUUAUAUAUGACAGCAAUAAACAGUGAUUCUUAUUUUCA